UGUCACCCCGCCCUCGGCUCCGCCCCUCUGGCCCGGGAGCCCCGCCACGCUCGUAGUCCCGCCACACGCGGCCAUGGCGGAGCCCGAGCUGGAGCUGGUGUCACGGCGUAUCCGCAGCUUCCCCGACUUCCCCAUCCCCGGCGUGAACUUCAGGGACAUCUCGCCCCUCCUGAAAGACCCCGAGUCCUUCCGCACCUGCAUCCGCCUGCUGGCCGGCCACCUGAAGACUACGCACGGCAGCAAGAUCGACUACAUCGCAGGCCUGGACUCCAGGGGCUUCCUAUUCGGCCCCCCGCUGGCACAGGAGCUGGGCCUGGGCUGUGUGCUCAUCCGGAAGCGUGGGAAGCUGCCAGGCCCCACCGCGUCCACCUCCUAUGCGCUGGAAUACGGGAAGGCUGAGCUGGAGAUCCAGAAGGAUGCCCUGGAGCCGGGCCAGAAGGUGGUUGUGGUGGACGACCUGCUGGCCACUGGCGGAACCAUGUGUGCAGCCUGUGAGUUACUGGGCCAGCUGGGGGCCGAGGUGCUGGAAUGCGUGACCCUGGUGGAGCUGACCUCGCUCAGAGGGAGGGAGAAGCUGGGGCCAGUCCCCUUCUUCUCUCUUCUGCAGUAUGAGUGAGUCUUCAACUGGACAAACCAUUCACCUGUGCCUUCAGUGACCUGCAGGGGCCACCAGCUGUACUGCUGUCAUUUCUACCCACUG